GAGAGACGAGUGCAGCAGUGAUUGAGCGAGGGAGAACGAACGCGGAGUGAUCUUUCUGUCCCUUUCCACGCUGUUCUCGCCAUUUGUUUGGCGGAGAGGAGGAAGAAAGAGGCCCAUAUGGAAGAAGCAAGAGAUUCUACGAUGACGGUGAAAUGCGCGUGGAGGCAGAGCCUCUGAGAUCUUCGUUCCGAGGAAGCUUGGAUUUUUUGGCACUCCCUCUCGUUUUCGCGACAGCUCCUGCGGUAAAGUUGCCUCCUUGAAUUGUUUUCUGCCUGUGGCGUUGUUUUCCCGUUAUCUCCGAUCCACCGAUGGGCGCCAUCGAACAAUAGAAAAUAGGAGCCAAGAUGCGAUCUUGCGUACUUUUCUGAACUCGAAGUGAGGUGGAAGGGAAUGGCAUUUUCUGGAUCUGUGUAAGUAUAUCUUCUGGCGAAAUCUUGAUUUUGCUGAAGGGAAGAGAGCAAUGUCGAGGCCACUCUACCGUGGUUUUUCUGGGGGCGGAAGGGGCAGCGGUGGCGCAUGCCGUGACCCUUUUGAUUUGAGCUACCAGGCGAAGGAUUUCGCGGAGAAUGGGCACGACCAUGAGGCGGGAAGCCCCGCCGGGACAAAUCGAAGCCGGCAAAGCCUUAUUUUUGCCCUCCUCAAGCUGGGUCUAGUUGCCAUUACCGUCCUUGCACUCUUCGGUUCGCUCUAUUGGGCUAUAUCUAUCUCCACCUCCGCUCGAGGCAACGUCUAUCAUGGCUAUCGACAGCUCCAGGAACAGGUCGUUGCCGAUCUCGCAGAGAUCGGGGAGCUGUCGCUAGGAAUCGCGCGGCCGAAUGAGUUGGAAUUUUGCCCGCCUGAGUAUGAGAAUUUUGUCCCUUGUUAUUACAAUGUCUCGGAGAGUUUUGAUUUGGUAGAUUCGGUGGUUCCGACUAAGCAUGAAAGAAAAUGCAUACGCGAUUCUGAGAAGGGUUGUUUGAUUCUUCCUCCGACGAACUAUAGAAUUCCACUGAGGUGGCCAAGCGGGAGGGACUUCAUAUGGAAGGCGAAUGUCAAGAUCACAGGACAGGAGUUCUCCUCUGGGAGCUUAACUAAGAGGAUGAUGGUGGAGGAAGAUCAUAUCUCUUUCCGAUCCGACUCCUUCAUGGUUGAUGGUGUAGAAGAUUAUACACAUCAGAUAGCAGAGAUGAUUGGAUUGCCAAAUGAAUCUAAUUUCAUUGAGGCUGGGGUAAGAACUGUCCUAGAUAUAGGCUGUGGUUUUGGUAGUUUUGGAGCACAUCUCUUCUCAAAGCAGUUAUUGACCAUGUGCAUUGCAAAUUAUGAGGCAUCAGGUAGUCAAGUUCAACUCACCCUUGAGAGAGGCAUUCCUGCUAUGAUUGGUUCUUUUUCAUCAAGACAGUUGCCAUAUCCAUACCUUUCCUUUGAUAUGUUGCACUGUGCAAGAUGUGGGAUUGAGUGGGAGAAAAACGAUGGUAUUUUCUUACUUGAAGUUGAUAGACUUCUAAGACCUGGAGGUUAUUUUGUCUGGACUUCACAAAUGAAUACUCACAGAUCUUUGCGUGAUAAAGAAAAUCAAAAGAAGUGGUCAAUGAUUCAUGAUUUUGCCGAAAAUCUUUGCUGGGACAUUUUGUCACAACAAGAUGAAACAAUUGUAUGGAAGAAGACAAGCAAAAAGAAAUGUUACACUUCUCGGAAGGCGGGCCCUGCAGUUUGUGAUAGAAGCCACGAUGUUGAAUCUCCAUAUUACCAACCACUAAAUCCCUGCAUAUCAGGGAUGGGGAGUCAGCGAUGGAUUUCCAUCGAGAGCCGUACACCUUGGCCCUCUCGAGUUGCCUUGAAUUCAACUGAACUUGGUAUAUAUGGUGUACAUCCUGAGGACUUUGCCGAGGAUGCUGCUAGUUGGAAGUCAGUGGUUCAUAAUUAUUGGUCACUUCUUUCACCACUUAUAUUCUCAGAUCAUCCAAAGAGACCUGGUGAUGAGGACCCCUCUCCACCUUUUAACAUGCUAAGAAAUGUCCUUGACAUGAAUGCUCAUUUUGGUGGUUUUAAUGCUGCUUUAUUGGAUGCUGGGAAAUCUGUGUGGGUGAUGAAUGUGGUGCCCACAAAUAGCCCCAAGUAUCUUCCUAUGAUUUUUGACAGGGGCUUUGUUGGUGUUCGACAUGAUUGGUGUGAAGCAUUUCCAACAUAUCCAAGGACCUAUGAUAUGGUCCAUGCUGAAGGAUUGCUAUCUCUUGGGACUCAUCAAAAGCAAAGGUGCUCCAUGCUUGACAUAUUCUUAGAGAUUGAUCGCAUUCUACGACCUGAGGGCUGGGUGAUAAUUCGUGACACAGCGCUUCUUAUUGAAACUGCUAGAUCCAUGACCACACAACUGAGAUGGGAUGCCCGCCUGAUCGAGCUUGACAGAAGCAGCAACGAGAAGCUCCUAGUUUGUCAGAAGCCGUAUUUCAGGAAACAACAGUAGCUCACACAACUACAGCAGUUUUGCAUAGGAUAAAACAUUUGUUAUUUGUCGAUAAUGUUUUCCGUAAAAUGUCAUCAUGGUAGGUGGAAUCAGAAGAAAGAAUAGAAAACGUGGUGAGGCAAAGAAUUUUCAGCAAAUGCUAUUCCUGCGGAACCACAAGGUUCCAUUGGCUAUGUGAUUACAUUAUAAAUCUGCAUCAGAAGGCAUAUGCCGAGUUCACCAUGUUCCUUAUAAAGAUAAAGAAGAUGAAGCCAGACAUUGUGUUGGAAGAAACAUACUGGUUCAGGAAUGAUGCUGCAGUAUAUAUGAUUCAGCAACAAUUCUAAUUCUUUCUCUCAUUUAAUAUUUCAUUAAGCAGCACUUUUUUUCUUUCUACCUGUAGAUCUCAUCUAUGUGACUAUUGAAUGGUUAUAGCUUUGAGAAAGAGAAAGAGCAAAAGAAAAACCAUAUUGACAUUUUUUAUUGUUUCAA